AUGGUGGACCACUUCACUCGCUGGCCCGAAGCAACGCCCGUCGCGGACGUCACAGCCGAGACCGUCGCCACCGCAUUCGUCGACACCUGGGUGGCACGCUUUGGAUGUCCCAGUCACGUGACAACUGACCGCGGCCGCCAGUGUGACUGCGCGUUGUCCACGCACGUCGCCAGACUGUGUGGCACCCGGUUACACAGGACAACCAGCUACCAUCCGGCGUCGAAUGGCAUGGUCGAACGGUUACACAGGACUCUCAAAGCUGCUCUAACCUGCCACGACACCUCAUGGCCAGAGGCGCUCCCACUGGUGCUGCUCGGCCUGCGAGUCACGCCGAAGGAGGAGAUCGGCGCGUCACCUGCCGACCUCGUUUACGGGCAGUCUCUGACAAUCCCAGGCGAUUUUGUCGAAGAUGUAAGACUCCCACGCGACGCCGGGGUACCCACUCUGGCGGAAUGUCUGCGUAAUCACAUGGCCGGCCUCCGGGCGCAUGCACCAACGCGGCACGGCACCAGGAAGAUAUUCAUCCAUGCCGACCUGUAG